CGACGUUCUGUCCCUGUUGCGUUAGGUGAUGAAGAGGUCAGAGGUCGUGAGUUUGACAAAUCCAAGUGGGGAGGGCGGUACUGUUGUUGCUGAUACAAUAUUUUUGCUGAAUAUGUAACGUUUAAAUCAUUCUCGUGGUAUCAGUCACAUCACACUAUCAUGGUAACCAUGGAAGACACACCCACUGUCACAACCACACCUAGUGAUGUUGCAAUCGCAACAUCACAGUCAAAAGAUCCUGUGACACAUCCUAAAAGAUGGCAAGCUCCGGACCAGUCCUUUGCAAAGUACAUUUUAGAAAAAGGCAGAGGAAUAGAAACACCUAACCUGGGUGCAAGCUGUGUUGUUCAGAUUCUACCAUUGGUUAGCGAGGGUCUGGAACAAGGGCUUGUAGGGUACCCAAUGUAUGAGGAGAAUGAGAUAGUUUUAGGUGAAGGGGAUACAGAGAUUUCCGAGGUCCUGGAUGCCUGUUUUGAGACUAUGCAGGCAGCCGAGGUGUGUGAGGUGGAGGUGGCUAAGGAAACAGUUGGUAUGGGCACUGGUGAUGACCCCAUCAGGUUCCAGUUGGAGCUGAAAGAGUUCACCCGUAAGGACGACCCGUGGCACCAGGGAGCUGACGACAUACUGGCCACGGCUGCUCACCACAAGAACAAGGGAACAGAGUGCUUCAAAGCGGCAAAGAUCCGUCCCGCCAUCCGCCGCUAUUCCCGAGCACUCAAGCUUCUUGUCAUGUUAGGAAAGAACAUUCCAGAGGACCAGAAGGCAGCGUAUAACAGCCUGAAGAUAGCGUGUUAUCAGAACUUAGCAGCCUGUCAGAUGAAGAUGAGUCAACAUGACUUUGUGAUCAAGAACUGCAGUAAGGCACUGUUACUGGACUCCAGUCUAGUGAAGGCACUGUACAGAAGGGGCUGUUCAUACACUGCUAUAAAUGAGUUUGAUAAGGCAAGAGAGGACUUGCAGAGGGCACUGGAGAUUGAACCAGGAAACAGGGCAACAAUCGAACAAUUAAAAACCCUGGAGAAGAAAUCAAAAGCCCAGGAUGAGAAGUAUGCUAAAGCUAUGGCCAAGAUGUUUGGUGGGCCAGUGAAAUAAGCCAUGUGGCUUGUGGUAUGUUGAAGUUUAAAGAAUCUCUUGUAUCAAACAUUUUCCAAAUUGUACAGGAAUUAUUAUGUCUGAAUAUAUACUCAUACCUAUUCACCCUCUAAGGAGAUUGCAUCAAAUAGUAUCGAAGUAUAUAUGUACAUGGUACACAGUUGUAUAAAGUAUGUCUGAAGGUCAAAGGAGCCAACGACUUGUCCACAAACUUACAAACCACUGACACAUGGUGCAUUACUAGUAAUGUAUUCAUUCCGAGUCUUCCAUGUAUUGUGUGUGCUUUCUCACUAUGUUGGAGAUCACAUGGAACCUCAGAGAUUUAUUCUGCAGAUAAUAAAUGUAGCAUUUUUAAGGAUCAA